AAUCAGACAUAGUCCAUAAUUCCGACAGAAUUUCACUAAAAUGACAAAAAUAAGAAAUUCUCUAAUUUAAGGUGAACUAUUUUUACGUUAGCCUAAGUAGAAACCUAUUUUUGACCAAUUUUGAUAUAGUUUGCUUUUUUAUCGGCCAUAAUGACCAUUUAACAUAACCUAAAAUUGAGUCGUUCACGUGUUUGUCUAGCAACGUGAAAGUGAAGCCAGUUUUGUUAUAAGGUAAGCGAGUUUUUAUGAACUUUUUAACAUCAUUUAUAUUGUACUAUUAAAAAGUAUGACCUCAAAUUUGUUAUUAUAGAUUUAAUAUAGGUUAAAUAUGCAAGUUAUAAUGAAAAUUAGUGGAUAUUUGCAAAUUGUUUAAUAGUUUUUGCGGUGUCUGAUUUAAGUACAUCUAAAAACUAGAGGGAUCUAAAUCAGACACCAGUGUCGAAAUUAUGUACUUAUAGCAUAUGAAAAAAAAAUGGUGUUCUCUCUUUCUUUCCUCAUAAAUUUACGUUUUAUAUCCUUUUCUGAAUUAGAAAACUCAUUUUCAGGUUCUGGUCAUAAAUCCGACAAGAGUGUCGAAUCAAUGUUCAGUUGAUGUCUGAAUCAGGUUCAUGGUCUCUCAUUUAAAUUACUAGUCUUUUCCAGCAUGUCAACCAACAAGAAAAAAUAUACCACAUAUUCAAAGGAGAAUUUACAGCGGGCUUUAGACGCCAUUAAACAAGGAGUACCAUGUGCUACUGCCUCCAAGGAGUUCAAUGUACCACGAACCACCUUAAUUGGAAAAAUAAAAGGAAUUUAUCCAGAGGAAUGUAAGAGUGGGGCUGCAACUGUUUUGACUUCAGAUGAAGAAAACCUUUUGGAAAAAUGGAUGAUUAACAUGGGUGCAAUGGGAUUUCCAAUAACAAAAGACCAGUUAUUAGAUAGUGUAGCCUUAUUAGUAAAUAAAUUAAAACGACCUAAUAAAUUUUCUGAUGGUCGGCCUGGACGUCAUUGGCUUGAAGGAUUUCUAAAACGACAUCCGGUGAUUAGUGAACGAAUGACCCAAAAUAUUUCUUCAUCUCGAGCAUCGAUCACGAAAGAAAAAAUCAAGAACUGGUUUCAUGAAAUAGACGAAUAUUUUUCUUCGGUAGGGCUAAACAUUCAGGAUCCAAAAAGAAUAUUCAACACUGACGAGUCCGCAUUUUUUUUGUCUCCCAAGGGUUCUUCCGUAUUGGUUAAAAAAGGUAGUAAAUUUGUUCACGAUAGAUCCGGCGAUGAUAAGGACUGCUUAACUGUACUGAUUACUGGAAAUGCUGCUGGUACAUUAGCACCACCAAUGGUAAUGUAUCCCUAUGAAAGGAUACCAAAACAUAUCGUGCUGAAGGUUCCAAAGACAUGGGCAAUAGGAAAGCCACCUAGUGGUUGGAUGACUUCGGAAUCUUUUUACGAGUAUGUAACGAACCUUUUCUACCCUUUCCUUAUCGCAGAAAAAAUCGAAUUUCCGGUGAUCUUGUAUCUUGACGGGCACAAAUCCCAUGUAACGUUACCUUUAACUGAGUUCUGUCGAGAAAAGCAAAUAGUACUAAUAAGUUUGCUUCCUAAUUCAACGCAUAUUUUACAACCUUUAGAUGUCGGAUUAUUCAGACCUUUAAAGCUCAGUUGGAAAAAGGAAGUUCAGAAAUUUAAGAUGAAAAACGGGUCUUAUAAGGCGUUGAACAGAGAAAAUUUCGCGUCAGUUUUGAAUGAAGCUAUAAAUUCCAUGACGAACUUGGAAGUCAUAUUGAAAAAUGCAUUCAAAAGUUGUGGCUUAUUCCCCUUUGAUUCUUCUAAUAUCAAUUACAGUAAAUUAUUAUUAAAAGGGAAGAAACCCGAAACUGUGGCACAGAAUGUUAUUUCAGAAGCUUCUGAAAAUCAUGAAAUUAUAGGUCAUCUUCAAUUUCUAGAAUCCUAUAUUAAUCCUGGAACCCUGAACAAAUUUAAGGAUCAUAUGGGAUCUGAAAAUUGGACAGGAGAAAGUGAUGAUAAAAAUUUGUAUCUGAUUUGGCACAAAAUAUGUAAAGACACACGCAAACAACAAACAUUACCACAACUUACUGCAAAUAAUGUGAUAAUUGAGUUCGAAGACGGAUUUGUUAUGGAAAGCCAAUGGGAGGAAGAAAUAAUUCAAGAGAUGGCGAGUGAAUGCGAAGUAGUUGUAGAAAAGGAUAACGUAGCUUUAGAAACAGAAUUCCUGAAUGAUGGUAUUACAAUAACCAACGAAACAAUGCCAAAGAGAAAUGGGGAAUAUUUAUCCGAAAACCAGCAAGUUCAAAUUAGUGAGGAAAAUGUAACAGAAAAUCAACAGGCAAAUAAAACAACGCCAUAUAUAAAUGGAGAUCGUUUAUUAGAGAAUCAGUAUGAUGUUCAAUUGAAGGAACUAAGCUCGGAAAUAAGUAAGAAAAAAAUACCAGAUGAAGAUGAAGUAACUCCGGAGAAAAAUAGAGGUAGUUUGUCAGAACAGAACGAUUCUUUUUCAAAUAUUCUCCCAGAUGUAUCAAUUCCCACUCCCUUUAAAACAUCACUUUUUUGGCCGGAACCUUCCAGUACCAAAAAAACUAACAUUAAGAGGAAAGUGAAAAUUCCGUCUGUAGGAACCUCAGAUGCCUGGAGAGAAUAUUAUAUUAAGAAAGAAAAUCUUCAGAAAAAAGCUAUUGAGGAAAAAGAGGACCGUAAAAGAAAGCGUCAAGAAAAUAAGAUUUUGCGUGAAGAAGAAAGGAAGACAAAUACCACAAUUAGGAAAAAAAGGACCAAGAAAAAUACAAAAGCUAACAUUGAAAAUAAUGGAUCUGAAAGAGAACAAAGAAACAACUUAAACUCGGUUAAAGAGAAAUGUAGGAAUUGUAGUGAAGAAUUGAAUAGUGAUUUAGAUGAAGAGGAGGAAGUAAGACAUAUAGGAUGUGACAACUGCCCUAAUUGGUUUCACUUUAAGUGUAUUAAUGCUGAAAAUAAGAACUAUACUGAAGUUGCUACUGCAUAUUUUAAAUGCGAUCUCUGUUAAGGUUUUCUGUUUUGAGAAAUGAUUUUGUUUGAAUUGUCAUGCAUUCCUUUUCUAAUAGGUUUUGAUUUUAAAUAUUUCAAUGAUAUACUUAAGUACCUAUUUUAAAUUAUCAUGAAGUACUUUUUUGUUUAAUAAAAGUUUGUUUUUGAAACUGUUGGUUUAAUGUUCUUAAACUGUCGAAUUUGGGAACGCUGUCGAAAUAAUGGCCAUAGGCAUGUCAAAUUUAGGUACAAACUCCUGUUUGCUAUGUCGGAUUUAGGUGUGCUGACAUAGAUUACCAAAUAAACAAAAUAAUCUUUUUGUAGUUAUAUUUUGAGCAUGUUGUAUUUAAUACCAAGAUUAAAAAGCUUCAAAAUAUAUAGAAAUCCAUAAAGCUUUCAUUUGAAACAAUAUAUAAUGUCUAGGGCCAUGUUACAAUACGCCGGCUAUUCUUAAAGUGUCUGAAUU